UCUCGACUUUAACCCCUUUUGUAAAGAAAGGUGGCUCUAAACAAUACUCCUGUUAUUCAAAAUGAAGUACGCGAUCUACAGAUAAUAAGUUGAAUUAACAUGAUUGAUGUACGAUAAUGUACAUGGAAAGUGAAAACGUUUUGCGUUAAGAUCGAUGUUAAACAUUCUUUUUCUUGAAUAUAUCGAUAUUACUUAAUUUUUGAUGUCUGUAUCAUAUUUCAGUAAUCAUAAUUCCAAUGAAAAUAAUUACUAAUAAUCGCUACAGUAAUGACAAUAAUGUUUACGGUAGCAAAAAUGACAUAUAGUAUGUUAUGUCCUAACCGUUGUGGUGAUAGUAGAAUAUGAACUCCUAAUUGUUUUCUAAUUUUAAAUAUGCCACGAAAAAUGUCAUAAGGUUUUCAAGCUAAUAUUAUUUAGUUGUUUUAAAUAAAGAAAUUAACAUGUUACAUUCAACGGGAGCAUUAUCACCACAAGAUAUUCUAUCAGAGGUUAGAAAGUUCAUUUCCGGAGCUAUUAGACCGACUCAUAGUACUAGUACUCUUGAUGUAACUCGAACAGCAUUAUCAUUACUUCGAAAUGUACCAGCCGCAAGAGAUGCGGUGCUUGAAUAUUUUUGCAAUGUCUUUUUCGUUGCGGUAACUAAAUAUGUUCGACAAAUCGAGACAAACCAAAAUCUAGCAAUAUGCGAGGAGACUAUAAUAGCUGAAAUUCAUACUGUUUUGAGUAACUUUAUUAAUGGAAAUCCAGAAGCAUGGGCACCAAUUAUAUCGGCAUGGUCAUUGGAAUUACUUGGUAAACUCUCCUCAGAUUAUGCAAAACGUGGUAAUUUACCAGUCAAUGCUGGAAUAAAUGAUUUUCUGCAACAAUGGAUGUCUUGCCGUGCUACUCGUACAUUAAUCGAUAUCACUGCCCAAUGCCUCCAGUGUCUCAUGCACUCAGAUACAGAGUCCUGUAUUAAAGCAUUAUUGGAUACUAGCGUAUUACAUAGUCCUCAUUUUGAUUGGGUAGUUGCUCAUGUUGGAAGUUGUUUUCCAAAUACAGUUAUAACCAGGGUAUUGUCAUGUGGUUUGAAAGAUUUUUGUACCAUGGAUCAUGAACAUAGCAUUAAGAACCCCAAAUUGAAUUCAGUCGUUGGAAUUUUGGGACAUUUAGCUGGUAGCCAUUUUCAAGAUAUUAGAACAGCAUUAUUGGACCUAUUCAAAUGGAGUUUGGAAGAAGAUAUGAAUGUUGAUGAGGAUACCAAGAAUCAGAAACUAGCUACUGUUCCAUUUCUUUUAAAUUUAGCAUCUCUUUCGCAAACCCUUCUAAAAGCAAUAACUAGUGAUGUGUUACAAACUUUGAAACCAGAUAUAAUUCCACAGUUAGCAUUAUUUGCAUCAAACUGGUGCAAGUACUUUGAUAAUCAGCCAGAAGCUCUUAUAGACUUGACUGUGCAUCUGGUAUUAGGAUGUGAACAAGGUGCAUCUCAAAUAAUCAAUAUCCUGUUGGAUACUACUUUAAAUACAAGCAAUGUUGGAUAUCAUAGUGUUAAUGCAGCUCAAAGUGUGAAGAAUGUAUGCUCUGAAAUACUAGAAUUAGUAUUACAAGAAAUUGAUUUGCUAGUAAGAACUCAUGGACCACAAUCUACAAAUGUUGCUUUAUUGAACUCUAUCAAACAAGAGUUACCUGUGAUAUUACCAUUACUUUUAAAUCCAAAUCCAUUGCGAGUGCGAACAGCUGUAAGAUUGUUAUGUUUCCUCGGAAGUCAAAAUUCUAAUAUAUUAGUAUCCGCGGCCUCGUACAUGUUAGUUAAAACUGUAACGACUUUCCAUCUUGCUGCUUUAAUACGUCUUAUUUCUAAUAAUAUCGUACUUUUUUCUUCUAAUAAAUCUGAAACGGAAAAUGUGUUGGCUAGUUACGGUUACUUUACACAAGUAGUAGAACAAGCUCUUAGAGAAAUAAAUUAUAAAAAUGUUAUGGAGAAACAAGAAACGAGACAACUCUUUCAAAAUCUUACAAUCCUCUUAAAAUGGGAGAAAUCAAAUAAGGCAUCAAUAUUUAGGUCGAAAAUGAUUUCACAUGCUAUAAAAUCUAAUUUGUACCAAAUUUCUGCUUUAUUAAUGAGGACAGAUGACUUUGAUCUAGCAAAUGAUAUUGCUAAAAUGUUAGAUCUAUUCAGUAUGCCAGAGAAAGAUCAUUUUGCACCAAAUAUAGAACUUACUUUAAAAUUAACAAGAGCCAUAAUUCAAUAUUUCUUUUUGUGCAUAGCAGAAAAUGAUAUUACAAAGAAACAGCAAGGUAUGAAAAUAGUUUGCCAUUUAUUGAAGGAUUUGACUUCUUACUCGCCAUGUGCUAGAGUUCUGGCUUUAAGAGAAUUUUUAGGACACAGUAUUAAUAAUGAUCGUGCCAAAUAUUUUGGAGCAAAAGAAAAAUUUGAACCAAAAUUUGAGGAAACGUUACUUUUACAUCAAAAUCAUAAACAGGUCACAAGUACAAUGUUAGCUCAAAAACAUUCUUCUGUAUUUCAUGCCGGAGUGAUUGGACAUGGUCCUCGAAGGCCGCCGCCCGAAAAUACAAUUGACAAAGAUAUUAUUACUCUAAACAAAACGCUAUUAAUGGAUGUAAUAAAGGCGUGUUGCAGUAAUCGGGAGUCUGAAAGGUAUCCCGUAAAUUUAGAUGCUUUAACAAUGGUUAGUUUGUUGUUAGUUGAAUUAGUUUCACCCGAUGUUAUGUAUAAUGGAUUACCUUGGCCAGACGAAGAAUUUACAAAGGUUACCAUAGAAAGAGAUUUACAAAUUCGUCGAACUUUUAAAGAUGUCCCAUUGUUAUGGACAUUGUUAGAGUUAACAGCUUGGUAUAGGCCAGCUUUAGCCUAUUGUUCGGUUUUAUUACGAGGUAUUGCUGCUACUGUUAUGGCUAAUUGGAAUACAGAAGAAGGUGUUUCGCUUGUGAGUGUUAUGGCACUUGGUCAAUUACUACCACCCCCAUUAGCAAGUAUAAGAGAUAUUUUACCAGUUUUAGAACCUCAUCAGAUAAAUAUUAUAAUGAAAGAAUGUGUGUGGGCAUAUAUGCGGGAAAAUGUUCCCUCACCAGCCCUUUUCACACGUAGCGAAGGAGCUAAUAUUGCUUGGAGGGACACAGAUACUUCUACUCCCAACGCAAGAUUCACGGAAAUACUUCGUUUAGUUUUGUUAUCUAAUAUCCACAUGUUGGGCUCACUUUAUGCUACCUUGUUUUAUAACGAAAACAAAUAACCAAACUUUUAAUUAAACUCGAAUCGUUCUUGUAUAUAUAUUUCUGUAAAUAGAGCGAUAAUAAUUUUUUAUGUUAUUAAAAUAAUGUUUGAUAUAAAUAUUCUUGUUUUAAAUUUCUACUUUUACAAUGAAAGUUUCCAGUUCAGUUUAUUCUGCUACAUGCAUGGAACAUCCUGUCAAUUAUCAUUUGAUUACCUUCGCAUGUUUUCAAUAUUUAUCAAAUAUUGUAAAAGUUAUAAACUUUGA